AUGUCGCAGACGGUCGGAAAGACCCGUCUUGCCUACUCCCGGGCAUGGCACUAUGUCGAUGCCGGCUCUGACCCUCGCUCCCUUGGCCGCCUGGCCUCGUCUAUCGCCCUCGUCCUUAUGGGCAAGCACAAGCCGAUCUACGACCCCUCGACAGAUUGUGGUGACUACGUCGUGGUCGCCGGCUGCCACGACCUCCGGACAACUGGCAAGAAGCGCUUCCAAAAGCUGUACUACACGCACACGACUCGCCCCGGUAGCCUGAAGAGCAUGACUAUGGAUCAAAUGUUCGCCAAAUGGGGUGGUGGUGAGGUCUUGCGCCGCGCAGUCAAGGGCAUGCUGCCCAAGAACCGACUUCAGGAGCCACGGUUGGCUCGCCUUAAGACUUUCGAGGGCCUCGCGCAUCCUUACAAGGAGAACAUCGUCAAGUUCGGCAACAAAUCAGUUUUGAACCAGCCCGAAGUCCAACAAGCCUUCCAGGAGGCGGCCAAGCCGUCGGCAUCGGCAUAG